AACAAUUCUUAAUCGUGCAGCUUACCAGUAUAUAAAUGGUGUAGAAUUGGAGGAAUACUCUCCUUGGUGGUUGUUCAGUUAAGACAUAACAUCGCUAACAAACAGAGAGGCUUGAAGGACAAAAGAUUUUGCUUGACAAUCAAAAUUGAAUUUUGAAAGUGCAGCCAUGGACUCGAAAGUUGAUGUAGGAAAUGCGGGACGAGAAGCAGGAUUGAGUGACACUCCAAUUGGAGAGGAACUUUAUCAGCUAUUUCUGAAGAAGCAUCAAGAGCUAGCUAACGACAGGCAGGAGAAUCGUCCAGAUUUAGAUGAACUCAGAAAAUUCCUUAUAUCAGAUUACAGAAUCUGCUUAGAAAGGCUUGGAAUUACGAGAAAAGAUUUAGACGCGUUAUCGUGCAUCCAUGUGGCGGGUACUAAGGGAAAGGGAUCGACAUGUGCUAUGACAGAAAGGAUAUUAAGGACAUACGGCUACAAGACAGGCAUCAUAAGUUCUCCCCCUCUAUUAGAUAUUCGUGAGCGAGUCCGUAUCAAUGGGGCGCCAGUUUCCCGAGCAAUGUAUGGAAGAUAUGGAGUAGAAUGUCUUGAACUGCUAGAGAAGAACAAAACGAAAUUUGGUCAAACAAUCUCGAGUGGUAUAGGUCCAUAUUCGCUGUUCACAUUCAUUGCAUACUACAUUCUUGUCAAAGAAAAGGUAGAUGUCGCUGUUGUGGAAGUAGGACUGGGAGGCGAAUAUGAUUCAACCAACGUUCUUUGGUCUCCAACUGUGACUGGUGUUUCGUCUCUUGCCGUGGAACAUGUCUCACAACUCGGCGACACCCUGGCUAAAAUCUCCUGGCAUAAAUCAGGCAUAUUCAAGGAUGGUCGACCUGCUUUGACAGCGCCACAGCGAGAGGAAGCGAUGACUGUGCUUGUACAACGGGCAAAGGAACGAAACGCACCUUUGCGAGUUUGUCCUCCUUUAGGCGACUACGAAUGCAAUGGCGUCAGUGUCAAGUUAGGUCUUGCUGGAAAACAUCAACGCAUUAACGCAGCUUUGGCCGUUCAACUCACUAAAACGUGGCUCGAUGAGAAAGCACCAGGGAGAGUACAAUUCCAAGGACCACAAGAUGUAGAUAUCAGCGGCAACUCGACAAUUGGUGAUAAACUUGACGAUGGGAAAGUUCAGAGAGCGACGCCAUUCGUUCUGCCAGACGAAUUCUUACAAGGAUUCGAGUUAUCCAAGUGGCCAGGACGUAACCAAAUAAUCCGGAAAACCGGCGUGACUUACUACAUCGAUAUUGCACAUACCAAAAACAGCGUAGCCUUCUGUAAGAAUUGGUUUGAAGAAGAGGCAUCGAAUGAGGCCAAGAUGAUCCCAGGAGUCAUCAAAAAGGUCCUCAUUUUCAAUCUAGGCGGGGAUAGAGACGGUUACACGAUCCUACGACCUCUUGCGGAAUACGGAUUCGACGCUGUUGUGUUUUCAGUCAUGCGAACCGUAGCAUCUCAAGAAAAUGAAGUGAGAGAUUACAAAACUAUUCAGUUGCUAGAUGAUCAGCUGAUGAAAUGCCACCAGCAUCUGGCAACCUUCAAGAAGCUCCAUGGUGAUAUUUGCAACUCAUUCCAAGAUCAACAAUGUCAUCGUGACGUCAUGCAAGCGCCAAUCUUUAAAGUAACUCCUUCCGCUACAGAAGCAAUUCAAUGGGUUUUAGGCUCUCGUAUGUGUCUUGAUGAUAGGGAAUCGAUGGACAUGCCCGAUGGUGGAGGAUUCUUGCAUGAAGCUGACCAUCUUCAGGUUUUGGUCACUGGUAGUAAUUUCCUUGCCGGAUCGGUUAUCCAUGUUAUCGAACCUAACAUGUUCGAUAAAGUAGAGUACUAAAGUUUAUUUUCUUGGAAUGUCUUGCCGGGUCAGACGUCUAUAUUUUAAUUGUUUUUUGGUUAAAGGAAAAAAAACGAAUCGCGCGAUUUAAUUUGUAAAAAUAAAGUGCUUAUUAUUUUGUCAAUACUGUAUAACAAGCUUGGGUUUUCGGUUUCUUGCAAUUAUUUGUUCAAAUUCAAAACAAUUUUUUUAUAAUUUACAUAUUUUUACUCAGUUUCAGAAACGCAUGUAUUCAGAUUUAUUCAUGGUACUUCUUUAUUUGCUUUUCAUUGCAACAUACCUGUACUUUUUGUGUGAUUUAUUUUGGAAGGAAAAACGAUGUGGUUAUACCCUAAACCCAAAUUUUCCAAAGAUGUGCUCUAAAUGAAUGGAAAGCAACAACAACAACAAAAAAACGAAACAAUAACAAGUGCCCCUAUCAGCUGGUAUGACCACUUUUCCGGCCUCUAUGUUCUUGCGAGGGGAAGGGGGUGUACAGCAGACAACGAAUUCCUCCUUCAUUGAAUGACAGACAACAAAC